CCUGCCUAGCGAUGCCUGCUCAAGAGGAUACAUGGGCGUUCCAGCCCAUUGGCGCUCCUUUCCCAGACAAUCCGGUUCGAGUUCAAGGACAGCAGAAUAUGUACGUAGCACUGUGGUACAAGCAUGGCAAACCGAUACAUGGAAGAGCUUGGAACAACAAUGGCGUCGUGGAAUGCUCGUUCCCGUACAGUAAAGUGGAGCUGACUGGGAAGAAAGAUCUUGGUGGACAGAUCCAGAUCCUCACCUAUAAAGGAGAUUUCAAUUCUUUGGGAUAUUGGUACGAAUGGCUUCCAGUAAAAACUCGUCUUGCCGGUGAAUCCCACCGCGAACUCGUCCGAUGUGGCCAGUCAACCCCUGUGAUCAUGACAUGCAAGGAUGGCCAAGCCCGACUGGGUUAUUUGGACCUGGGAACAGAAAUUGCGCUAGUUUCUGUAAAUGGCAAAACCGAAACAUUAGCUGGAGGACCGACCGGGGAGCUGUUGGGAAUAUUCAGAAAUCUGAGACCACCUCCAACUGGAGUUAAGAUUUAUGACGAUCUUUGGGGUGAUUUGAAAUAUGGCGAUGCAUUCCCGUCCAAUGUUGAACCGGCUGAUAAGCGACAGCUAAAGACAGAAACGGGCCCUAUGAACCAGUAUGUGGCACUUUGGUACAAACAUGGAGAACCAGUAUUUGGUCGAGCAUAUCCUAGCCCUGCGGGCAAAAUUAUGGCCAACUUCGGAGCGAAUAAUCAAGAAAAUGCAGGUCCAGAGAUUGGAUCUAUGCAAAUGCUUACCGUACCCGAAGCUAGCUGCAUGGGUCUUGAAUAUCAGUGGAUGACCAUAGCUGAAGGAAAAAGUGGAUGGACUACAGUUCAUGUUGGAAACGCAGCACCGGUGAUAAUCGUCGAUGAAAAAGGCAACGAAUACCUGGGCAAUUACGAUUUAUCCAAGGAUAAAGCGUCCUUUGGCUGGGGCGGAAAAGAAAAGAUUUAUAUGGGAGGAAAAGCUUCGGGAUUCAAAGUGUUGCAUAAAAGAAGAAUCAAUUGAAGACCUUACAAAGAAGCUUUUGAAUGGAUUUCUGUUUAUAAAGAUUGACGCGGG